CCAAUGAGCUACCUGACGAAAAGUGGAAAAUCCGCUAGCCUCCAGCCGACCUGUUAGGGGCGGCCUCGGCUGGAUAUGGUUUUCGCCUCUUUUAUCCGUAAUGCUGCCGGUGUUCAAGAAAUCAGAAAAAUACUUGGUGAGGAGGGUAAAGACAUUAAAAUGAUCUCUAAAAUUGAAAACCAUGAAGGUGUUAAAAAGAUAGACGAGAUUAUCGCAGAAUCAGAUGGUAUUAUGGUAGCUCGAGGAGAUUUGGGUAUAGAAAUUCCUACUGAGAAAGUUUUCUUAGCACAAAAAAUGAUGAUCUCUAAAUGCAACAUGGUGGGUAAACCGGUCAUCUGUGCAACCCAAAUGUUAGAAAGUAUGAUUAAAAAACCUAGACCCACUCGAGCUGAAAGUUCUGAUGUGGCCAAUGCAGUUUUAGAUGGAGCUGAUUGUGUUAUGCUUUCUGGUGAAACGGCAAAAGGAGAAUAUCCAAUCCAAGCUGUUUCCGUAAUGGCUGCUAUUUGUUUAGAAGCUGAAGCUGCUAUGUUCUCUAAGCAUAUCUUCAUUGAACUGAGCGCCAACACACCAUCACCAACUGAUUUAACAACGACCAUGGCAAUUGCUGCAGUAAACGCCUCUCUUAAAUAUAUGGCAUCUGCAAUUGUUGUGCUUACAACAACUGGUAGAACUGCUCAUCUCAUCUCCAAAUAUCGACCUCGUUGUCAUAUUAUUGCUGUUUCUCGCCACGCACAGACAACACGUCAAGCCCAUUUAUGGCGAGGACUCUUACCAAUCUGUUUCACCGGUGAUCGAGCUGGUGACUGGCCUCAAGAAUUUGAUGAGCUUAUCCAAGCUGCUAUUGAUUUUUGUAAAGCUCGCGAUUUCAUGCGAACUGGUGAUUCUGUAAUCGUUGUCACUGGAUUUAGAAAGGACCCUGGCUCUACAAACACCAUGAAAAUUUUACAAUCUAAACGAGUUUAAUAAUUUGAUUGAUUUGUAUUUUUAUUCGUUACAAAGCAAACAAUAACAUUUAUUGUUAAAUUAGUUUUAUUUCCAUAUUUUGAAAAUUAUAGUCUGUCAACUCUCAUUCUGUGAAUCUAUGUUAACCUGUAAUCACGUUGUUAACGCUCUUGCGAAUAGUCAUGGUGUAACAAGAUUCUUAUCUGAACAUUAAAGUGGAAAUUUAAGUGCAA